GCAGUUGCUACUCCCGAGGUGGUUCCUGCAGUACGAUAUGGCGGGCGUCAUCGUACGCAGUCUUUCUGUUCCGAGGAGACAAUUAGGUCUCCUUGGACAGGCUUUAAGCAGUCAACAAUCCAGGAACUAUGCUGAUGCUGCACCCGAAGGAAAGAAAUUUGGCAGUCCACUCAAGGAUGAAGACCGAAUCUUUACAAACUUGUACGGAAGGCAUGACUGGCGGCUGAAGGGGGCUAUGAAGAGAGGAGACUGGUACAAAACCAAGGAAAUUCUGGACAAAGGUGCUGACUGGAUCAUCAACGAAGUCAAAGUGUCCGGUUUGAGAGGAAGAGGCGGAGCUGGUUUCCCUUCUGGAAUGAAAUGGUCCUUCAUGAACAAACCUUCUGAUGGAAGACCCAAGUACCUUGUUAUUAACGGUGAUGAGGGAGAACCAGGAACAUGCAAAGAUCGUGAAAUCCUGCGCCAUGAUCCACACAAACUUAUCGAAGGUUGCUUGAUUGCUGGCAGAGCUAUGGGAGCUUGCGCAGCAUACAUUUACAUUCGUGGUGAAUUCUACAAUGAGGCAUCCAACACUCAAGUUGCCAUUGCUGAAGCUUACCAAGCUGGUUUGCUAGGAAAGAAUGCCUGUGGAUCUGGUUAUGAUUUUGAUGUCUUUGUGCAAAGAGGAGCUGGUGCUUACAUCUGUGGUGAAGAGACUGCACUGAUUGAGUCCAUCGAGGGAAAGCAAGGAAAGCCAAGACUAAAGCCACCUUUCCCAGCUGAUGUUGGUCUGUUUGGUUGCCCCACAACUGUCACCAAUGUCGAGACCGUUGCUGUGGCACCAGCAAUCUGCAGACGCGGAGGCAGUUGGUUUGCGUCCUUCGGUCGGCCGCGUAACAGUGGAACCAAGCUGUACAACAUCUCGGGACAUGUCAACAAUCCAUGCACUGUGGAAGAAGAGAUGUCCAUACCUCUGAAGGAGUUGAUCGAAAGACACGCUGGUGGUGUGAUUGGAGGUUGGGAUAAUCUUUUGGGAAUCAUUCCUGGUGGCUCAUCCACUCCAGUCAUUCCAAAGCACAUCUGUGACACAGUGCUGAUGGACUAUGACGACCUCGUCAGAGUGCAGAGUUCCUUUGGUACUGCAGCUAUCAUUGUUAUGAAUAAGCAAACUGAUAUAAUCAAAGCAAUUGCACGUCUUAUUAGCUUUUACAAACAUGAGUCCUGUGGGCAGUGCACUCCUUGCCGCGAAGGAAUCGCCUGGAUGUACAAAAUAAUGCAGAGAUUUGUCGAGGGUAACGCAGAAGUGCACGAAAUUGACAUGCUGUGGGAGUUGACGAAGCAAAUCGAGCUGCACACGAUCUGUGCUCUUGCUGACGGUGCAGCGUGGCCGGUACAAGGACUCAUCAGGCACUUUAGACCCGAGAUCGAGAGCAGGAUGCUAAACUUCAAGAAAAGCAGCGCAUCGAUUUCAAACUAAUUAGGAAGCAUAGAUAAAUAAUGUCUCUUGUUCAAGAGUAAAAACAAUGUUGUUUAUUUAUUUUCACAUGUAUAUAGAGAGAGUCAGUUAAAUUUUUUAUAGCAGAGAUUUACAAUAUAAAAAUAAUCUCUCUAUUAAUGGCAGUAUUUCCUUGAAUCGAUUAUAAAAACGUUCAAAAAUACUUUCGCGACGAAAAACUGCACCGUUGAUGAUUUUGAGAUUAUUAUUCAUUGAACAUUGAUCAACUUUUUUUAAAUAAUAAAAAUACCAAAUUUGUACAGACAAAAUGAAAACCCAUUAAAAUCUGUCACUAAAAAACGAAUCACAGCAA